GUUCAGUCACAGUGAGCUGAGAAGCAGAGAGGAGCUCUGAGAGAGGAGACAGGCUGUAUCACACAUCACAGGGCCUGAAGAGUCAGUUAUCAAACACAAGGGAACGACGCCGGAUGGCAUUUUAAUGACAAAUAUAGUCCACCACUGACGACGGGGGGCUCCCCAACAAGACAAACCAGAGACAGGAUAUCUACUUCCUCCACCGUGAGAGACAGAUCAGCUCUCUAUCUGUCAAGAGCAGCAGCUAUCGACUCCACAGGAGGCUCAACACAGCCAGAAUUCAUUGGUACUCCAAGAACCAGGGCUAAAAGCAGUAAGAUGGCUGAAGCAGCCAGGAAAAUCACAGUUUCACAAUCAUCUCAUGAUGAGGACGAUCUGCCUCCCCCCCCACCUCCUCCCGUACCACCUAGACCCCUCGACUAUGAAGGGCCUUCAGGAUUAAGUAGCCUCCCCCUCCCACCACCCAAAGAAACCUUCUCCACAUUCUACCAGCAACGGCAAAAGAGUGAGCUGAAGAGGCUAUUUAAACACAUCCACCCAGACCUACGGGCAAGUCUUGAUGAUGCUGUGGAUGAUGAGAUAAUGAAGGCAGUGCAGUCAGAAAACACUCAGGCAGCAGAUGCAGCUUAUCCGGGCGAAGUGCAGUCCAUGAGGUGGAUCUUCGAGAACUGGACUCUGGACAAUAUUGGGGAUCCUCAUGCAACCAAGAAGCUGCUGUAUGAGGAGGAGUUGAAAGGUGGAGAUGUCAGAGGCACCUCCUCUAUGUUUGAGCAUAUUGACAGCACCGAACAAAUGUCUGCCAAAAGACAGACUUCUGUCAGAGGGGAUGUGAGAACAUCAGUGUGGCUAUUUGAGACGCAGUCCUUAGAUUCUCUUAAUCAAUCAAAAACAGAAGAGGGUGAACUAGUCGAAGCAGUGCUGAAAGAACCCAUCCAGUCCGGAGAUGUGAGAGGGGCUCGGCUGCUUUUUGAGUCUCAACCACUGAGUGACUUAGGACGCUGUAACUCCAUUGAAGACCAUAGCUUCCUCAAACUAAGAUCUGAGCUUCAGGAGCAGAAAGGAGACAUCCAGAAGACUGUAAAACUCUUCCAGGCAGAACCCUGCUGUGCCAUCAGGGACAACAGUGGCAAUAUCCAUGAGAUUAAAUCCAUCUGCAGGGAAGAGAUCAACAGCAGCAAUAUCAGCACUGCUCGUUGGCUUUUUGAAACCCAGCCUUUGGACCUGAUAAAUAAGGGAACUGAUGGGGUGAAAAUUAUCCGGGGUAUAUCUCUGGAAGAGGGACACAGAGGGGGGGUUGACCAAAAGAGGUGGAUGUUUGAAACUCAAUCAUUUGACACAAUACAAGAGGUUGUGGGUGUGGACAAGUUUGAAGGAACAGUGGCUGAAUGUGCAGGAGAGGCCGAUGUCAUCAACAAGAGAAAACUCUUUGAGAUGCAACCCUUGGCAGCACUAAAAGGAGACUCUGCAGAAAAGUCCUUGGAAAAGGAAGAAAUUAUUGGGGGAGAUGUCAAGACGUCUCUGUGGCUAUUUGAAACUCAGCCCAUGGAGACCCUUAGUGAUAGCUAUGAAGUAGGCCGUUUGAAAAAAGUUACCCUUUCAGCUGAUGAACAAGGAGAAGUAAAAGGCAAAAAACAAAUAUUUGAGAGCUGCAGUAUUCAAAAGAACACCUCAUUCAGGGAACAAGAGAUUGAAAAGGGGGAUGUCAAGGGAUUCAAACAUCUGUUUGAAACAAUUCCUCUGAGCAAAAUUGCUCAUUCUGAUGAAAUUAUGGAGAAGGAGAAAGCUAUUACAGCGGGAAAUGUAAAAGGUAACAAAGCAAUGUUCGAAACAACUCCUUUAUAUGCGAUAAAGGACAGCUCUGGAAACCUCCAUGAGGUCACCACAGUUAGCCGAGAAGAAUUCAUCAAAGGGAAGGUCCAAAACUACAAGUGGAUGUUUGAGACCAAGCCUUUAGAUGAGCUUGCAGAGGGAAAAGGAAAUGUUGAGGUAAUCAAAGGCAUCACCAGACAGGAGGAUAAAAUGGUCAAGAUGGCAAAGUGGCUUUUUGAAACCCAGACAAUAGACGGGAUUCAUUCCAAGUUUAACCAGUCAGAGCACAACACUUCUGUUGAAGAGGAGCCUCAGAAAGGUGACGUCAAGACCUGUAAAUGGUUAUUUGAGACACAACCAAUGGACAUUUUGUAUGACAAAGCAGAAAAAGUAAAUGAUAAAGAAGCCAUUGACAAUGCCAAUGUCAAGUCCAUUACUUGGCUUUUUGAAUCACAGCCCCUGGACAGCAUCAAAGAUGGCGAAGAGUACAAUUUGAAGCUAUGCAGCACCGUACAGGAUUCUGUUAAAUCAGAGGUUGGUGUUCAAACAGUCAAGCAUCUUUUUGAGACAGAAACCUUGGACAGAAUAAGAAAGGAUGCAAAUUCUGAACACAAUGUAAGAUGUGUCAGCCAGGUCAACUUUCAGUCUGGAGAUGUCUCACGAGUCAAAGAACUUUUUGAAUCCCAGUCCCUUGAUGAAAUAGGAUCAGAAAUGGUGACAACAACAUCUGAUGAACAGAGCCAAGAUGAACACAUCGAAAAAGGUUCAGUGCAUACAUUUACUUGGAUGUUUGAGAACUGUCCCAUGAACCUGAUCAAUAAGGACAACAAUGAGGUAAACACUCAGAGAGACGGUGGUGCCAAGAGUGGAGACGUACAGAACAAAAAGUUUAUAUUUGAAACCUCCUCACUGGACAAAAUCCAGGAGCAACCCCUUGAACAGGAGGUCGACUCUGAGGAACAGCCCCUGAGCAAUGUUGACGUAAAGUCAAGCACCAUGAUGUUCGAGUCCCUGCCACUGUAUGCCAUCAGAGACAAAGAUGGCCAGUUUCAUGAAGUCACAACUGUGAAAAAAGAGGAGGUAAUGAGUGGCGAUGUAAGAGGAGCAAGGUGGAUGUUUGAGACAAAACCCCUUGACGCCAUUAAGGCAGAGAAUGAAGUUUAUGUGAUCCGAGCUGUUACCCAAGAAGACGUCAAGAAAGGAGACGUCAAGUCAGCAAGAUGGAAGUUUGAGACACAACCUUUGGACUCUCUUACCAGCCGAGAUGAGCCCUCUGUCAGGGUCAUUGAAGACCUGGGAAGUAGUAAUGUGCAGCUCAAUAAACAGAUGUUUGAAUCUGAGCAGUCAUGCAACAAGUUUGUGCGAAUGGUUAGUGUCACUGAUGUCCAGCAUGGUGAUGUCAGGACCUCCACCUGGCUCUUUGAGAAUCAAACCAUUGACAGUUUGAAAGGGGAACCUGAGGAGCAAGGUCCAGUAAAAACAGUGCACAGAGAAGAUAGCCAGAAAGGAGAUGUCAAACGCUGCACUUGGCUGUUUGAAUCACAACCACUGGACAAAAUCAAGGAGUCUGAGGAUACCGCAGUGCAAGGUAGAGGAGGGGAGGAGGAGAUACCAAAAGCUGAUGUCAAGUGCACUACCUGGCUCUUUGAGACCACUCCACUGGACAAAAUCACUGCCAACAGUGUUGCUGACACCUUGUCCGAACUGUAUCAAAUGACUUUUGUUCACUCAAGUGGCAUCAUAGUAGAAGCAAAUGAGAGUAGAAAUGUUAAGAUGGCAAAAUAUCUAUUUGAAAGCAACAAAGGUGUGCAAAUCCAAAAAGAAGAGGUUGUUGGGGGUAACAUCAGGAACAUCAUGUUACAGCUCUUACUCAAACCAACUCUGAAGCCCCAAGUUAGCCUUCUUAGAGAAGUGGAGAAGGGGAAGGUGAAUACCACCGUAGUAGAACUUCCAGUCUACCAAUCAGCCACAACUAUCAACCUUGAGAAGGAUCAAAGAAUACAAAACAUUGUCCAGAUGAUUGAUGACUUGCUUGUUCAAGAUAAGGAUUUGAAAAAGGGAAUCAUAAUGCAAGAGACUGGAGAUGGACAAGCUGAGAUGUCAGUUUAUUCACUCAUCUGCAAUUCUGAAACCAAAACUGAGAGUCAUGUUAGAGAGAAGGGAGAUGUAAAGUCUACAAUUGGAAAUCUGUUAGCUACUGCUGGUAGUCAGAGGACAGCAGCAUCAUGCAGAGUGGAUGAAAAUGAAAAGGGAAAUGUGAAUUUGUACAAAAGUUGCAUUGAGAAAGGAGAUCUGCACUAUCUGAAAAGUCUUCACACUGAGGCAUCAGGAGAUGAAGUUGAUCACGGCCUUCUGGCUGAGGAACACACUGAUAUAGUUCAGGGGGAUGUGAAGGAAGCAAAGAAAAGUCUCUGUCAGCAAAAAGAUCAGGUAGAGCGAACCAUUUGUGACGUCUUGCCAGGGGACGUGAAGAACACCAAAAAGGUUUUUUCAUCUGAGUGCUCUUUCAGUGUUGACAACUGUGUUCCAAAGGAAGAAAUUAUCCCUGGUGAUGUCUUAUCAGCAAAGCAACAACUUGCAGUCCAGCCACCCAUCAUAGUAGAAAAAGAGGACGUUGUGGCUGGCGACAUCAAGGCCACAAUGCUGUCAUUAGAACGUGCAAAACAACAGAGCAUGUGUGUGGAGCGGGAGGUCAUUAAACCAGGAACUAUCUAUGACAUGGACAUGUCAGCUCAAGGUCCUGAAAUAGAAGGAAGCCAAUCACAAAAAGAGGUCAUCAUAUCAGGAGAUGUGAAAGCAGCUAAAAAGUCCCUUGAAAUGGCUAAGCAGCAAAGCAUGCAUGUGGAGCGUGAGGUCAUUAUCCCUGGAAAAAUAUACAAUCUGAAUGUCAUGACACAGGAGGAAAGCUCCUCAGCAGUGGCGCAAUCUACACGUUCGUCUUCCUCCAGAUGCCAGCAAAUCAAGACUUAUCCAAAGUAACCUGUGAAGGACAACCAUCCAUUACAACACAGAAUUCACCACCCAACCCUGUAGUAAAUGGAAACUCUAAAUCAUCCACCUCGGAGAGUGUAACUCCACCUCCACUCCCUCAAAGGACAAGUGAGAAAACACAG